AUGACUAAGGUUGUUACUAUGCGUAUUAGAUUCCCAAAAACUUAUCCAGUUAUUUAUAAAACAUUACGAGUUGAUGGAGAAUUAACAGUAAAAGCAUCAAUAGAAUUUAUUGCAGAAGCAUUACAUAUGCCACCAGAAGAUGGAAUUGGAUUAUAUUUACCAUCAGCAAAAAAAUGGUUAGAUAAUGGUACAACACUAGCAACGUAUCAAGAAGAUAUUGGAGAAGAAGAUAAUGUCGAAUAUAAAUAUUUGAAUGGAAAAGAUGAAGAAGAAGAAGAAGGUAAUAAAAAAAAGAAAAGUGGAGGAUGUAUUUUCCUUUAA